GAGUAAUACUACACAUUUACAUUUUUUAUGCAUAAAGAACACUUUGUGUUUAUAAUUUUUAAAUGUUUCCCAGCAGACGAGUAGCAUCAUUUUAUCUGAUUCAGUUAAUGAUUAUUUUAGCUUUGUCUUGCUGCUUCAUGGUAACUGCAGAAAUCAAAGAAUUGGACACAAAAGGCCGUAGAGAUUUCUGAGACCUAGACCCUUUACACAGAAGCUGGCAUUUUAUUGUUGUUUCUGAGAUCUUUUUAUGCAGUUUACAUUGAAAUACCUUUUCCAUUGUGCUCCUAGGAAGAUGAGACAUUAUGUAUGUUGUUUUUUUUUCCCCCUACAUGCACUAAUGGUUCUUUACUGUUAACUUAUUGCUAGGCCUGUUUCAUUCUAACAUUUUAGCAUUUUUGUUAGAUUACAUGUUGAAAUGCAUCACUCAGUCUGUGCUUGAGCUCAUUUUAUUUUUCUGUUUAAUCAAUUUAAUUUCUUGUUGUACUAACCUCACUGUUUUUUCAGUUUAAUAUUGGCUGCAUGCUAGUUAAAUAUUAUAUAUAUAUUUUUAAAAAACCAAUCAAGUCUAGCCUCGAUUUUGCUCUGAUUGUGUUUUCAUUUCUAGUGGUGGGGCAGUCUUACACUUACAACUUACUUUGUCUCAUGAAAGCCUGACACAUAAACAAAACAACUAAAUACAAUAUAGAUUUUCUUUAAAAAGAAAUCUUAAAGUGGUGCUGUCUAGGUGGUGGAUAUGAUUGUACCUUGAUUAUAUGGUUUUUAAUGUUAGUUUUAAACUUCAUAAAUGUAUUCCUCCCCCUUUCCCUUUUCCCCUUUUUCUCCUUUUUAGUGUUAUGUACAAAAGUUGCCCAGCACACCAUCAGAAAGGACCCUUACCCCAUAUGUUCUUCCCAUAUAAAAUACUAGGCCAGCAUUUCUUUUUACAUUAAUGUCCCUUUUAUUGGGCACAUUUACCCUAUUAUUAGCACCUUUUGCAUGCAUAUAUGUAGAAUUAUCUCUUGCUCAUCACCUGUUUAAAUGUCACUAGGAAGGGAAGAAUAUAUUAUUGGAAUAUUUUUGGUUUGUCUCUCUGUUCUGUCUGUCAGGAUAAUAUUGGACACCGCUUACUCCAGAAACAUGGGUGGAAGCUGGGCCAGGGAUUGGGAAAAUCUCUUCAAGCAUUAUGAUCCUGGACUUGUUGUGGUGAUGGUAAACUUAGCAGUGGGAGAACAGAUCCCAUUCCAAUCGUUGUCAAGUAUGAUGUCAUGGGCAUGGGUCGCAUGGAAAUGGAGCUCGAUUAUGCUGAAGAUGCUACCGAACGGCGCCGUGUCCUGGAGGUGGAAAAGGAAGAUACGGAAGAGCUGAGACAGAAGUACAAGGAUUAUGUUGACAAAGAGAAGGCAAUUGCAAAAGCCUUGGAAGACCUCAGGGCCAACUUCUACUGUGAACUCUGUGAUAAGCAAUAUCAGAAACAUCAGGAAUUUGACAACCAUAUCAAUUCGUAUGAUCAUGCACAUAAGCAGAGACUGAAGGAUCUCAAGCAGAGAGAGUUUGCUCGAAAUGUCUCCUCAAGAUCCCGCAAGGAUGAGAAGAAACAGGAAAAAGCCCUUCGGCGGCUUCAUGAGUUGGCAGAGCAAAGGAAACAAGCUGAAUGUGCACCUGGAAGUGGUCCUAUGUUCAGACCAACCACAGUGGCUGUAGAUGAGGAAGGUGGAGAUGAUGAAAAGGAUGACUCAACUACAAACAGUGGAACAAGUGCCACUGGCACUAGUGGCCUUGGCUCUGAAUCCUCCACAGAUAAAGGAGGCCCUUUCACUACAGUACAAAUCACUAAUACCACUGGACUGGCACAGUCUUCUGGAUUAGCUUCCCAAGGCAUUAGUUUUGGCAUUAAGAAUAAUCUGGGGACCCCACUGCAAAAACUGGGAGUGUCGUUUUCUUUUGCCAAGAAGGCUCCUGUCAAACUUGAAUCAAUAGCAUCAGUUUUUAAAGAUCACGCAGAGGAAGGAACUUCUGAAGAAGGGACAAAAGCUGACGAGAAGGGUUCUGACCAAGGACUGCCAAAAGUGGUAGACCCUGAUAGUGGUGGUAAUCUCGAUGCUAAAAAAGAGGACGACGACCCCCCGGAUGGCGGGUCCCUUGCCUCGACAUUAUCUAAGUUAAAAAGAAUGAAGCGAGAAGAAGGGGCUGGGGCUGCAGAGCCAGAAUAUUACCACUACAUCCCCCCAGCACACUGCAAAGUCAAACCUAAUUUUCCCUUCUUACUGUUUAUGAGAGCCAGUGAACAAAUGGAAAGUGAUAAUAGUGCACACCCAAAGAAUGACCCAGAAAGCAAAAAAAGCAAUUCUCCCAAGCCUAAAGGCAACGCCAAGGUGGCAGCAAGUCAAGGAGCAGAAAAGGCAGCUAGUGAGGUCUCUGAGCCACAGAAGGAAAGCAGUGUGAUCGAGUCCUCAGAGCCUGGAAGCAAAGUUGAGACAAAGAAGGCCUUAGGAGGAGAUGUAAGUGAGCAAACCUUAGAGAGUCAGAAGGCUUUAGAGAUCCAAAUAUGUGAGUCCAAUGCUUCUAAAGAAAACUCUCAGGCCACCCCAGCAGGGAAAGAAGUCCAGGAAGGACCCAAACAUCCUACUGGUCCCUUCUUCCCAGUUUUGAGCAAAGAUGAAAGCACUGCCCUCCAGUGGCCAUCAGAACUGUUAAUUUUCACCAAGGCAGAACCAUCCAUUUCAUACAGUUGUAACCCUUUAUACUUUGACUUUAAACUUUCAAGGAAUAAAGAUGCCAGAGCUAAAGGGACAGAAAAACCAAAGGAUACAGGAGGCCCCUCAAAGGAUCAUCUCCACGACCUUGAUCCUACAGAGCCACAGAAAAGCAAGGAGGGAGAAGGGAAUGUAAUACAUUCCUCAGGAAGUAGAAUGGAUGCACCUGCUUCAGGAUCUGCCUGCAACAGCUUGAACAAGCAGGAGCCUGGGGGCAGCCAUGGGUCAGAGACAGAAGACACAGGGAGAAGCCUUCCCAGCAAGAAAGAACGAUCAGGGAAGUCUCACCGACACAAAAAGAAAAAGCACAAAAAAUCUAGCAAACACAAACGGAGACACAAGGUUGACCCAGAAGAGAAAAGCGCUAAAGCAGAGUCUGGAGAGAAGUCUAAGAAGCGCAAGAAACGAAAACGAAAGAAGAAUAAGUCAUCAGCUCCUGCAGAUUCUGAACGAGGCCCCAAACCAGAACCCCCUGGGAGUGGCAGCCCAGCACCACCAAGAAGACGACAUCGAGCUCAAGAUGAUUCCCAGCGGAGAUCCCUCCCAGCUGAAGAGGGGAGCAGUGGCAAGAAAGAUGAAGGUGGGGGCGGAAGCAGCUCCCAAGACCAUGGUGGGAGGAAACACAAAGGUGACCCUCCAGCAGCAUCCUGCCAGCGAAGAGCUGGCACCAAACGGAGCAGCCGAUCCAGCCAUAGGAGCCGACCCAGUAGUGGAGAUGAAGACAGUGAUGAUGCCUCAUCACACCGGCAGCACCAGAAGUCUCCAUCCCAGUACAGUGAGGAGGAAGAGGAAGACUCAGGGAGUGAGCAUUCCCGUAGCCGCUCACGGUCUGGUCGGCACCAUUCCUCACACCGCUCCUGCCGGCGUUCUUACUCAAGUAGCUCAGAUGCUUCUUCCGACCAGAGCUGUUACAGUAGACAGCGCAGUUACUCUGAUGACAGCUACAGUGAUUAUAGUGACCGAUCACGAAGGCACUCCAAGCGCUCCCAUGACUCUGAUGACUCAGACUAUGCCAGUUCCAAGCGCCGGUCCAAACGUCACAAAUACUCAUCUUCUGAUGAUGACUAUAGCCUCAGUUGCAGCCAGUCCCGCAGCCGGUCUCGAAGCCAUUCCAGGGAGCGCUCGAGAUCCCGGGGCCGCAGCCACAGCAGCAGUUGUAGUCGCAGCCGGAGUAAGCGGAGAAGCCGCAGCACCACAGCCCACAGCUGGCAGCGGAGCCGGAGCUACAGCCGAGACCGCAGCCGCAGUACCAGGAGCCCUUCACAGAGAUCAGGGUCCAGGAAGGGCUCAUGGGGUCAUGAGAGCCCUGAGGAGAGGCGAUCUGGUCGUCGGGACUUCAUUCGCUCCAAGAUCUACCGCUCCCAGUCCCCCCACUAUUUCCGAUCCGGUCGAGGAGAAGGUACUGGGAAAAAAGAAGAUGGCAGAGGAGAUGAUGGUAAAGGGAUAGGCCCACCCUCUCACAACAGCAACAUUGGAAGGGGAUCAGAUGGUGACUGCAGUCCUGAAGAUAAGAACUCUGUCACUGCCAAGCUGCUACUAGAGAAGAUCCAGUCGAGGAAAAUGGAAAGGAAACCCAGUGUGAGUGAGGAGGUGCAGGCCACCCCUAAUAAAGCUGGGCUCAAGCUCAAGGACCCCCCACAAGGUUACUUUGGGCCUAAGCUGCCUCCCUCUCUUGGCAAUAAACCUGUCCUUCCACUGAUAGGGAAGCUUCCAGCUACCCGGAAGCCCAACACCAAGAAAUGUGAAGAGUCUAGCUUGGAAAGAGGGGAAGAACAAGAACAGUCAGAGGCAGAAGAGGGGCCCCCAGGGAGUAGUGAUGCCCCCUUUGGGCAUCAGUUCCCCUCAGAGGAAACCAGUGGCCCCUUAUCAGACCCACCUCCAGAAGAACCAAAGUCUGAAGAGGCUACUGCUGAUCAUACUGUAGCUCCAUUGGGCACUUCUGUGCACUCUGACUGCUACCCUGGGGACCCAGCCAUCUCCCAUAACUACCUCCCUGACCCCAGUGAUGGGGACACUCUAGAGUCCCUGGAUAGUGGCAGUCAACCAGGUCCUGUGGAAUCCAGCUUGCUGCCUAUAGCACCAGACCUUGAGCACUUCCCCAGUUACGCACCUCCCAGUGGGGAGCCUAGCAUUGAAUCAGCAGAUGGGGCUGAGGAUGCCUCAUUAGCCCCUCUGGAGAGCCAACCCAUUACCUUCACCCCUGAAGAGAUGGAGAAGUACAGUAAGCUCCAGCAGGCUGCCCAGCAACAUAUUCAGCAGCAGCUUCUGGCCAAGCAAGUAAAGGCCUUCCCAGCCUCAGCUGCCCUGGCCCCAGCCACUCCAGCCCUGCAGCCCAUCCACAUUCAGCAGCCAGCCACAGCCUCUGCCACCUCCAUCACAACUGUUCAGCAUGCCAUCCUGCAACAUCAUGCUGCUGCAGCUGCUGCUGCCAUUGGCAUUCACCCCCACCCUCACCCUCAGCCACUUGCCCAAGUGCAUCACAUUCCCCAGCCCCAUCUGACUCCCAUUUCCUUGUCCCACCUCACUCACUCAAUCAUCCCUGGCCACCCUGCCACCUUCCUUGCUAGCCAUCCCAUCCACAUCAUUCCUGCCUCAGCCAUCCAUCCUGGGCCCUUCACCUUCCACCCUGUCCCACAUGCUGCCCUCUACCCUACCCUGCUUGCCCCACGGCCUGCUGCAGCAGCUGCUACUGCCCUCCACCUUCACCCACUACUUCACCCCAUCUUCUCAGGUCAAGACCUGCAGCACCCCCCCAGCCAUGGCACAUGAGUUGGUGAUGGGAGCCCAGGUAGAACCAGGGAAGGUGACCCAUGAAUCUUCCCUUUGGGGGUGAUGAGCCAUUGAUACCAGCAAGCAGAAGCUGGAGUGGGCAGCGUCUUUCAAAAGCCAAAGAAUUGACUUUUGGCUUAAAGGGGCAGUUGUAGAUUGAGAUUUACUUUGGGUUUACUAUCAGGGAUUUUUUUUUUUUCCUUUCCCUCUUUCUGUUUGUCCCUCCCUCUUCUAUGUUUCUAAGCUAGGGAACACCAGUAAGUGCUAUCUACCCUCUGCAGAAACAUCUCUAAACUGUCAAGUUUAGAGACUCCUCUCUUCCCUCUACUUUUUGUCCUCUGCUAGUCCCUUCUAUAAAUCUUAAAACAUUUUCCUCCUUCUGGCUGGCGGGUUAUCACCAAGCACUUGCGUAGGCCCAUCUGGUCCUGCCUUCUCAGUACCACGGGGAGGCCACGCUGUCCCUCAGGUGGUGAAUGCACCACCACUUCAGAUCAGCAUCUUUGGCCAUCCUUUGGUGACUAAUGUUAUCCCAAGUGAGAUGGAAAGGAAGUCUGACCUGGAACCAGGGAAUCCGAUGCUGCUGUGGCUGUGAUUCGAUCCACUUCCCAUACAGAGCCACACUUAGGCACUGUUGUCCUCUUGUCCCUCAUCCCAGAAGAGGCAUCUGCAUAUCCUAGAAAAGAAGAUCUUAUCAUGAAUAGAAGCUGUGUGGAGCAUGGAGUCACCCUGUGCUUCCCCAGAGAGGAACUCAUGUGUCUGAAGGGUAUUUUUUUUUCUUCUGUCAUGUUGUUGUUUCCUUCUUAAUUUAUAGGAUUUUUUUUAAUGUAAAAAAUUGCACUGAACUCUAUAAACGUAAAUGCUGCUUUUUGUAGCUCAUAUAAAAAGGUUCCAUAUUUGUAGUAUACUGCAAUAAUAUUUUUUACAUCCAGCUCUUUAAGUGAUCCUUGUUCUGGUGGCUUUAUGUAAAUAUGUUUUCCCUAGUUGAAUUAAGAAACUUUAAAGGUUAUAAAAUGAAAACAAAAAAUAAAGCAUUUGUUUUCUGCUAGAUGCAAAAAUGACUAAGCAUGUAUAUUUUAUCAAGCUCAUGUAUUUUUUGAAGUUAUGAACUAUAAAAAUGUUUAAAAAACAAACAAACAUACAUUGUUUAACAUUUUUUGCUGGGACAAAAUGUUAAGUAAUUUGCAGUAAGUGGUGCUCCCAGCACUGGGAUUUUUGAGCUAAUGGGCAGCAACUGGCUGGGGAUGUCAGAGGGAUGCUUAGUUCCACAGUGUCUUUCACAUGCUUCGUUGUUUUGUUCAGAGAAACAGGUGGGCCCCACAGGAGGAGGGGGAGAUCAAGAGCUUGCCUCUCUGGAAGCAGUGAGACAUUCAUAGUGAUUGUCUGGUUGAAGGAGAUCCCCUGGGUUUCCUGGACCCCUUGUUCCAGGCAUUCUAUUUGCCUUCUUAGUCCUUAGUGUCCCCUCUGACAGUUUUUUUUUUAACGUGCCUUUUGGGUUAGCUAGACACUGAAGUAGACCGAGAAUGAUAGAGUUGGGACCGUUUUCCUCCUUUUAUUGGGAGGUGAGCACAUUUAUAAACACUUCAGAUUCUUUUGCUUCAUAGUUUCCAUGCCUUCUGCCCAGCACAGUUUAAGCAGUAAAGGUUCCUUUUUUCUCCCGUGACACUGACAGAGGCAUUACCACCUCAGUCUCUGCCCUGCUGUUUUGUUCAUUAGAGCUGUCAGCCUAAUGAACACACCGACCCAGAUGUGCUUCACUGCAGCUCUCAUUCCCUCUUGGGCAUUUCCUCACCCAUUCCUGUGACUAGACUUGGCUGGGUGGUCACCUGACAGGAAAAACAAACCCUGCUUACCUGGGCCACGGCUCUGUGUUCUGGCUGUCUUUUUGAAUUCCCCAAAGAAAAAGUUAUUUGCGUUAUGAGAAGCAAGCGCUGGGCAGAGGAGAUUCUUGACUGCCCCUACCUGUUCAGUGCACCUCAUCUGAUUCAGAAGCAUUAUUUUUUGGAUGCCUAGAAUUGGAAAAAAUGAAAUUAUCUAUUUCAAGUGAAGGAACUCAUUUUUCUUUGUUUUCAGCCCAUGUAAAUAUUUAAAUAAAACAGUAUUAACAUUUCCAUGCAGCUUCCCAUUAGCUUGUAAAUUGAGCCAUACUCUGGCCACCUCUGCCUGCCUUGGGGCAGUUUUCUUUAACUUACAGAAUAGUGAUUUAAAAAAAAAAAGAAAACAAAUAACCUUCCUUAUAAGCAUAACAGGCUGUAUCUAACUGUAUCACAUAUGAGAGAGAUGUAUAUGCUGUAAAAUGAGGGAGAACUUUCUAAUAAACCAACGAUCUGUGG